AUGACAGGGAGGCAAGUACGAAUCAGGAGAAGAGAAGAAGUUUCUUUAUACAGCUCAGUAAAGCUGUGGUGCUUCCUGCCACGGGAUGCUGCAGCUAUGGAAAAUUUACUGCAGUCCACAGAACAAUUAGAAAAAUCCUUUGGUCUCUGGCCAUCUGAAGAAGUGAUGGCUUACUACUGCAUAAAGCACAAUGAAAUAUUCAGGGACCUUGCUGUGUGUGAGCUAGGGGGUGGCAUGACAUGCUUGGCUGGGCUCAUGGUUGCUAUUUCUGCAGAUGUCAAAGAAGUUCUGUUAACUGAUGGAAAUGAAAAGGCCAUCAAAAAUGUAAGUGAGAUCAUCACAAGAAACCACAAUGCAGGAAUAUUUAAGGCUCAGAAAGUGUCAAGCUGCAUUUUACGAUGGGAUAAUGAGACAGAUGUCUCUCAACUGGAAGGACAUUUUGACAUUGUUAUGUGUGCUGACUG